GGGUGCGAAAAAGGGGGCUCCCAGGGGAAUCGCCAUUGAACCAGACGCCGAUUGGUGCAUGACCAUGACUUUCAUUUAGCUCCAGGCUAAACCAUACUGCAUCAGGAACCUAAUUUUGCAUUCCAGCCGUUGCUCUGGCGUCGUUCAGCCGAUAGCCCUCUUUGUAAAAGUCAGCUGCGCCCAGCGUUCACAGGUGUUCUUAAUCCCCAGGACAUCGCUCACCUUCCCUCUCCUUCAUCCACCGAUCGCUCCUCUCGCUGUACACAGUACCUACACUCGUUCUCUAAUCCAACUACGUACACGUACAACACUUAAUACCUACCUAAUCAACAACCCCCCAACAACAUCAAAAUGCGUUUCUUCCAGAUGGUCGCUUCCAGCGCUGCUCUCAUCGCCGCUGCUCUCGCCCUCGAGAUCAACAAGUACCCCACCGAUGGUGUCGUAGCUGGUCAGACGUACACUGUCACCUACUCCCCUGCCGAUAACACCCCCACCACCUUCAUCCUCCGCAAGGGUCUCUCCACUGAUCUCGGUACCAUCGGCCCCCUGACCUCCACUGCUACUGGAGGUACUUUCUCCUGGACUGUCUCUAAGGACCUUGUCAACGGCGCCGACUACGCUCUUGAGAUCCGCCAGGAUGGCCAGACCCCCAACUACUCCGGCCAGUUCGGUCUGACCGGUGGCUCCGCCGCUGCCAGCUCAUCCGCUGCUGCCUCCGCAUCUGCUUCGUCUGCCUCCGCCUACUCUGUCUCCUCGGUCAUCGCCUCGCGUGCCUCCUCUGCCUCCUCCGCUGCCUCCGCGUCUGCUUCGCUCUCCAGCCUGACCUCCAGCGUUGUCUCCAGCGCCCACGCUUCCGCUACUGGCACUGGCGCUGUCACCGUCAGCCACAACGGUACUGUCUCUUCCGCCACCCUCUCCCGCUCUGCCACCGGCUCUGCCGCCAUCCCCGAGAGCACUGGCGCCGCCAGCUCGCUCUCCUCCGCUCCUCUGGCGCUCCUCUUCGGUGCUGCUGGUGCUUUCGCUUUCCUCAACUAAGCGAUCUCAUCUAAAACAUCUUCAUGUAUUUUGCAUUGGAUAAUUUAGAGUUCUUGUUUAUGUUGAUAUCCUUCUAAUGAGUCACGAGCGCUGCGUCGCUCGUUUGGGGUGGAGUGCUGUGCAUUGCUUAGUCUAGUGCAGAGGGCCUUGUACAGUGGGCGGUAGACCAAUGACACUAUGAAAUCAUUAUACCCAUUCAAUCUUGAUCUUGUGC